AGAUAAGGUGAAACCAAUAGAACAAUGCCCAGUAUGAAUACAUUAUAGGUUAAAUCCAAUGGGAAUAGCUUCAGGGGGAUGGGUAAAUACACGUUAAAAUACAGAAUAGAAACUCCAACUUUAGGUUUAGGAAACAGAAACUCCAAACUCCAAAUUCACAAAGCUUUUUGCUCCGUUUGCAUAGCCAUGCACUACAACACUGAUGCAUCCCACAAGUACAGGGAUAGGACAAUGUAAUAUUGGUGGGGAGGGGGAGUCAGGAAAACCCAGCUUAGAUGCUUGAAUAUAUUUUUUCCUACUGCUGUUUCCUGGGUGUCUCUUUCCCUGCCUUCUCCUUCUGGCUGGGCUUUUCGCAGCCCCAGCCUGUCAGGCUACUUCGUGCUCAAGACCUUAUUUCAGCUUUUGUCCAUCACACACCUUCCAGCCUUCAGCCUUCAGCUUGAGACCUCUGAGCCCCUCCCUUGAUACAUUGAUUCUCCAAUUGGUGGAAAGCCACCCCAGUGACUGCUGGGCUGGGUUGAAAGCUUAGGUUCCCACAAGUUCUUCCUCCUCCCACAGUCACUGCUGCUGCUUCUGCAGCGUUGCUGCAUGCACCAUGCAGCCCCCUCAUCUCCUCCUCUUCCUCUUUCUCCCGAUCCUGCUCCCUGGGAUGUGGGCAGACUCAGAGGCACAGCCACAGGUUAUCCAGUACCUCCUGACUAGCGUCUUUGCCAACAUCAGCUCUGCUGAGGUGUCAUGUGUGGCACUUGUAGGGGACAUAGCCAUCUUAGCACUGGAUCCGGCCAACUGGAGCAUCCACUUCCACUGGCCCUGGGUCAGCCAGGCUGCAGCUGAAGACAAUGGGGAAAAGAUUAUGUCCCAGUACAAAAUUGCUCUGCGCAAUAUGAUCCGAUUUGUGCAUGACACAGUUCAGCAGACAAAACAGCACUACCCAUUGGUGGUUCAGUUCCGUGCAGGCUGUGUGCUGUACCCCAAUACAACAAGCCAGGGCUUCCUGAAUGUUGGCUGGGACAGCAGAGACCUCAUAGCUUUUCAGGUAGAUAAACAGGGCUGGGAGGCCCGGCAGCCAUCCCAGGUGGCAGAACUAGUCAGCAAGAGCCUCAACAGGCAGAAGUCUCUCAGAAUACUCCUGGGGUACCUUCUCUCUAUCUGGAUAUGCCAGAGCAACUUCCUCACCCUGAAGAGGUAUGGGAAGGAAAUUCUAGAGAGACAAGAGCUGCCUGUGGCCACGGUCUUCGCCCGCACCCCCAGCCUAGACCAGCUGCUGCUUGUUUGCCACGUCACUGGCUUCUAUCCCCGUCCCAUCAGCGUGGCUUGGCUGCGGGAUGGCCAGGAGGUGCCUCCAGGCCCAGCGCUCAGCACCAGCACCAUCCUGCCCAACGCUGACCUCACCUACCAGCUUCGCAGCGUCCUGGCCGUGGUCCCCCAUGAUGGGCACAGCUAUGUCUGCCGUGUGCGCCACCACAGCCUGGGCACCCGCAGCCUUCUCAUCCCAUGGGAAAACCGCAGCACAGCUCCAACCAUCAGCAUCAUCAUUGCAGUACUGCUUCUUGUGGCCACAGCCUUUGCUGGGGGCUUUUGGUGGAGGAAGUGCAGACCUAAAGGCAGCUUCAUGUGGGAUGGCAGAGAUGAAGGGAAGACAGCAGUUCUGCCAUGGAAGUCUGGGACCCAAGGACUCUUGCCACGGGAGGUGACAGUUUGCCACCUGGAAGUCGCUUUUCAUUUCUCAUGCUGUUGGCAAGAGCAAUCGCUGUUUGUGAAGGGAAGAACAGCAUUUCAACUGGCAGCGAGCAAAAUUGACAGCAGUAGUAGCUCUAGCAACUGUAAUUUUGAGGGCAACACAGAUGGACUUGAAUACCAGAGUAAAGCUGAAAUCUGAAGAUAUCUCUCUCUCUUUUUCCUCUCUCAUUUCUCCCUCUCCUGCCAGCCAGAGCGAUCUGAGCAUUUAUGCUAAUUCAUCAGCUGAUUCAGCUCUUUGCUUGGAAAUUUUGUUGUAGAUGACAGGUCACCUUGAGUCAACAAUCAGAGUCCCUGAGGAUGGAGAUAUCAGCUCCAUUUCGGUAUUAGGAUCUUGUUUCCUUCAAGCUACUUGUUUUUAGGCAGGGUGGAUUUUUAUUUUUGGGGUUUUUUUUUUUGUAUUUUGGGGUUCUUAAAAAAUUUAUUUUGACAAUCGGUGCAUAAAGACUUCAACCAAAGAGAAAUACAUACUGUACUGAACAACAGUAUGUUACAUGUUAAUCCUCAUAGCUGUGAUAAACAGGGAAAGAGCAUUCAAGUCAUUAUACCAAUCUUCAUUAAGUAUAGUGGUGCUGACAGACUAUUUCUCUGGAAUUUACUUGUUGCGUAAAAAAGAAGGAAAAAACUUUUCUUCUCCUAAAAUGCCCUUUGGGUAUUUCCAAGGUGAUCAUGCAGUUCCUUUUUUUCCCUCCAGAAUGAGUUUUAAUACUUUGAAAAAUAACGGGGUUUUUUCAUCUGACAUAGGCUACAUAUACUGAACAGUCUAGAGCAUUUUAAGUUCAUUUUCACCUAGGGUCAUUACCAUACCUUUACCAAACAUCUAAGCAGUCCCAAAGUCUUAUGUCUAAAGUUGGGUUUUUUCCUGAAGAAAAUAAGAGGAGAAAUUUGGAACAGCUUGUUAGGGUUUCUUACAGCUGUUUCAGGGCCACCUUAAAGACUUUAUUGUUCUGGUGUUUGCUAUAGCUAAGCUGUACACAAAUGCACUGGAUAAAAAGAGAUUGAAAUUAUGAUGUGCUGUACCACCCUAACUGUGGUACACUUGAACUUAUCGAAAGUAAUGUAUGAAAAGAAAGACAUCUAGAAGGAGUUUCCUGUUUGCAGUGACCCCAAUUUUAAGCACAGGUUAGACUGGUUUACACAUUCAGAUACCUGAAUGUUUUCCAGCAUUGGAUUAUAGUGCCUACCUGCUUUGGGAUUUGGACUGAGGUUAAAUAAAGUUAGCAUUGCAGGGCUUUGCCUUUGCUAUGACUUUUCCACUAGGGAAAAUUUUUUCUGCAGGUUAAUUUCCACAAGAAACACUGCCCAAAUUUAUUUUAGCAUUCAAGAUGGUUCUUGUAUAAUUCUACCACUUUGUUCUCAGUGGGUAGCUUUAAAAUCUCAACAUGAAAAAGAAGAGCAACAAUCUCCAGGUGUUGUGUAAGUCUAUAUCACCAAAGUACACUUGGACAUGACAUCUUGAAUCAGUGGGGUGCAUCUAAGCCUUUGCAUUGAUGGAGUUCGGGGACAGUGACCUGGGGAAAUGGGCAAUGGUCCCUGGCUGUGCUCAGGAGCAGGUGAUGGGCACUAGCCAGGUUGUACUCCUCCACUCGUUAUACAAGCUUUUAUUAUCCUGCAUCAUUACCUUGAAGGAUGAUGGGAGCCUUAACUUUGACAAGUGACUCCAGUUUUCUGAAAGUGGGCAGGAAUGCUUUCAAAUUAGCUAUCUCAGUAUUUAUAAUUUCUGCCUUUGCAUCUUGGGCAGUUUAUAAAAUAAUAAAGUUUGAAACCUAGGAAAAAGCAAUAGUUCUAGAUAUAACCUAGAAAACAAAUUACCCAGUGAAGUCCCUUGUGCUAUGAUGAGUUGAUCAGGUCGUCUCUAUUAAUUGCUUAAACUAGUCAGAUCUCACAAUUCACUUGUAAUCCCAGAAAUAUUCAGGAUGUGAACUGAAGCUCUGUGUCCUGAGAGCAAGUCAUUACACGCAGGUUUCUGUUUAGGAGAGGGAGGAGCACUGAAGGGUAGCUAAUGUGCUUGAGCCCAGAGCUGCAGAGAAAACCUGGAAUGAAGGCUCAGAAAGUAUGAGGUAAAAUAAAAUAAGCCAGUAUUUAUUAUUAAAAAUAUCUUAAUGAUGAAUCAGUUGUGAAUGGGUGUGACUAGCAAUGCUACCUGCUUGGGCAGACAGAAGAAAAACAC